AUGAUAUCCGCCCUCUUCAUCUUCAACCCGAAAGGAGACAUUCUCAUGUCUAAGUUCUAUAAGAAUGAUGUCAGAAGAAAUGUACAUGAGAUCUUCCGCAUCCAGGUAAUCAACUCUGCCGGAAAAUACUUGGCUCCACAAGACUCUCGGCUGCCAGUGCUCACCAUUGGCUCCACUUCUUUUGUUUCGAUCCGGUCUGGGCCAUUGUGGCUUGUCGCUGUAGCACGAUCCAACCAGGAUUGUCUGGCCAUAUUGGAGUUUCUUUACGCAUUAGUUCACCUCUUCCAGAAAAUAUUUGUGCAUGACAACAGUCCACUCACCGAGAGUAUAAUUCUCGGCAACUUCGUGAACAUCUUCGAGAUCCUUGGGGAAGUGCUAGAGUUUGGAUAUCCUAGCAACAUGGAGCCAUCAUACCUUGCAUCUGUGAUUCCGGGCUUGUCUGAUGUCAAGGUGAAAUCAAUUGAAAAGAAAGACUCUGACCUACGAAGAAAAAUAUUGGGCGACAAAAAGGCACACUCGUCAUCUAUUGACCAAGCCUAUGAUGCCUCGAGAGUCUCCUGGAGAGAACCCGGUAUCAAAUAUCGCAAGAAUGAGAUUUUCCUUAACGUUGAUGAGAAGGUCAAUGUUCUUUUGGGUAGAUCUGGAGAACUUCUUCGAUCUCAGAUCGAGGGCGCAAUUGCCAUGAAGUGUCAUUUAUCAGGCAUGCCCAUGUGUCGGUUUGGGUUUUCAGGUGAGGGCGUGGACGAGGAUUUGAGAGAUACCAUCACUUUAGAUGACUUUAAAUUCCACAAGUGUGUCGACUUGGCCAAGUAUGACUCCGAUCAAGUGAUCGCAUUUGUGCCACCAGAUGGUCUGUUCCAGCUCAUGAACUACACCAUUACUGAGGCGCAUUCUCUACCUUUCAGCAUUGUUCCUACUUUGACUACGGGCGCCGAGCGGGUGAGCCUCAACCUUCGUCUCACAUCGAACUACUCGUCUUUAUCGACAGCUACGAAUGCCAUUUUGCAUGUGCAAGUUCCGCCCGGUGUAGCCAAGCACACCAUAAGAAGUUCUCAAGGCAAGGCCAAAUUCAAGUCUGGAGAAAACGCUAUUGUAUGGAAGUUCGCGAAGUUUUUCGGACAUCAAACUCACGAACUUUCCAUAGAUUUUGAAAUUCCGGGUGGAAGCGCAGCUUCAUUCAAGCCAAAAAUCUCGUUGGACUUUACAUUGGAAACACACAACGCCUCGGGUCUACAGGUCAAAUUUCUAAAAGUGUUAGAGAAAUCGAACUAUAGAACUGUCAAAUGGGUGAAAUAUUGCACUCAGGCUGGUUCUUACGAGGUUAGAAUUUAG